UUUUCAGUGCUGUUAAUGUUACACUCCAACAUCAUAGUUGUUCGCUUUUUACCAAACUACCGGUUGUUCUUGAACAGUAAGCGAGUGUUUGAGGACGCCUGGUGAUUUUAAUUUCGGCUUAGAAAUAAAAGCAAGCUGUAGGUGGGACGGGAUAUGAACGGCCGCUUGGCCGCACUAUGGGUGCUGAUAUGGAUCUUUCUUCACCUUGCCAACGUCAACUGCAACUCUGCCCCAACAAGUUCCAAGCGCUCUGCCACUCUGACAUUGCAUCCUCUGUGGUCGACGAUGCAGACCGACCUUCCCAGUUUCCUGCUGAAGUUGUCUCACGAUACGGCGGCCAUGUUCAAGGGUUACGGAACCAUCUUGAAAAAUUGGAGACAGGUGCAAUGGAAUUGGCGACGCGUUGAAAGUGGACUGGUCGGUCUCGUGAAAGGAAUUCUCAAAUGGACUAUCGAAAUUCUCUGUGCUUUUCAAUGGAUUUUGGAUUUUAUGCAACAAUUUUUGAGCGCUGUGCGAAAUACUACCUGUGCUGACAGCGCCGAGAUCGACCUUCUCUUUGCGAAAACUGAGGAAUUGAAAACUUUUUUGGAUGACGGAAACAGAACUGGUCUCAUUUCAAAUCUUACAGAUCUUUAUCGCACUGAAAAGCUGUGGUUGAACCACACCCAUUCUUGUGACGUCGGUUUGGUCAUGAAAGCGACCAUGGCGUCCCUCAACACCCAAGUUAGUGCCUUUCUAAAUCUCUUCCAGGACGUCACGAUCGGUGUGCUGAAAAUUAUUCAAGAUUGCAUCGGCGAAACCAGCCUCUAUGAGCCCGAUGGAGACGUGGUGAAAUUACUGACGUUAUUGAAACUCAAAUUGGCUGAUUUGGAUAAACACGAUGGCUUGAUGGAAAUUGCGGUUAAAUUUAUUACGAAGUUGGAAUGCUUAAUAGAACAUGGUCUUCAAGGUCCUACGCCAUCUACGACUCGGAAAAAACGUAGUCCGGAAACGGCCGAAAAUCCACCCGAACGAAUUCGACGGGUACGUCGUUCAAUUUCUCCCGAAAAGAAGAAAGUCUACGAGGCGAUCAAGCGGGAAAGGGGCUUCUAGCGAAAGACAAAGAAAAUCUUCAUGAAAGAGGCAAUUUUAGAAAUGAAGUUAAUUAUAACUAGCUUGAGGUUAAGCGAUAUAGGCCUAAUAACCAGAACCAUGCAAUGUUGCACGCUGGCGAAAGGAAUGGAGUGAAUUAUGACAAACGCGAGAGGACGAUACUCCAAAUUCCAUCCGAAAAGCGUCACUCAAGGUUGAAAUAAUCCUUAAUGUCAAAAUGACCACCUAGCCGCCAUUGAGUUGGGUUCACUUUCCCUUCGUUGGUUGCUGUAUUACAUGGUCCAUGGAACUUACACCUUUUCAACACGGGAUAGGGAUAAUUUCAUUGGUAUUGGGAAGCAGAUCUAGACCAACCAUAACGUCGCCUCUUAAAAAAAACUGUGGUCAUCCUAGUUAUGGUUUCGUCCCGUUGUUUUGGUGCAUGCUGUUUCAACAUAGAUAAUUAAUGAUAGCAGUCUGGGAAAUCGUUAACACUUAUAUAUAGAAUUAAAUUUAUUAAUGAUUUAGCAUUUAAGAGAAUGUAGCCAGGAGAAUGUUACGCAUUUUAACAGCAAAACGGAGUUUUAAAAUUUUUGAACGUCACUGCUUUUAUUCAGUGUCUCUCUCCAUUUUAUAAUCAGACCAUUUAAGUUCUAACAAACGGAAAAUUAUUCUUCUUUUAACAAAGGGCAAGGGUUAGGAAAUAGGUAGUCUUAUGCUUUAUAUUUGGCUCCCAGGACAAGAACAAAUAUCGGUGGUUUCAGCUGCUGGCUUGAUGUUGUCUGAUUUAUGAUAUACCAAAGAGGCCUUACACCAAUUUCAUAUGCUGUAGAACUUGGUAACACAAAAUGAAAUCGAAUUUCUUACAAGUAGAUUAAAGAAUGACUUCUAACGAUUUUAGAUGUUAGAUGAAGAUAGCUGAAGAAAUGAGAAAAAUCAUGGUUAAACAUUUAGAUGUGAUGCGACCUUUUUUAUUCUGGAUGGUUAGCUUCCUAUUAGCGGCAGAGGCACAUUGUUGAGUUAGAGGUUUUGCCUGACCUGGUAUCCAUAAUUGAGCGUAUAAAUAUGCGGGAUUCAAUCAAUAAGAUUUGCUUUACUUCAGAUUUAGAAGCUAUAUUUGAAUAACAAAACAUUCUUUCAAAUAUUAUGAUGAGGGUUAUGGUAAAAUCUCGCCUACUUUUUUUUGCGAAAACAAAAAAAAUCCAUGACAUUUUGAAUACAGUAAAACAAAAACGUUUGUUCAAACCUUUAAUAUAAAAUGAUGGUUAAACUUUUUUGAAGUUCGGGUCUUUUCGAGUAAGAAUAGAUUAUCUUCUGUCAGUAUCUAAUGUCCUUGAUCUGACUGUUUUCGAGCUGAACUUUGCUGUCACGCAAAAUCCGUUUCAACUUAUCUUGGCCAAGCUGUUGCUCCAUUGAUGCCAGCCUUAGUUGUUCCACAUGAAUAUUUUACAAUAGCAUAUAUUAGUUUUGGCACAAUUUCUAAGAUUACGUAUUCAUUGUAUGGAAAAAAUACCUCGUUAAGCUUCGGAUAAUACCUAAGGGCGUAAGCUGGUGCUUGUUUUACUAUUACAUGCUGCACCUUUGAAAUGUGGGUCACUGCCAAGGUUCCAUCUGUUGUCGCCUACACUGUCCAUACCGAUGCGUCCAAACGUGAAAUAUUUAACGCUGACGCCCAUUUGUGUUUGUACAAUUGCAUGAGCCUAUUUUAACUUGCUGAUCUUUGUGGGAACUUUAUAAACAGACCGUGAGCUUAAACUGUGAUUAUCGUGAUGAAAUGACGUGUUUUAAGAUAGGAAUUAAGACUAUGAAAUCAGUAUUUAUUUAGGCAAUUUACUUACAAGAAUCUCACUUCAGUCAGCGUAGCUAGAGAAGGCAGAAAGGAGGGAAGACACCAAAGGAUCUUAACUUGAUGGUCAAGUUUUUCAACACAAAAAAGACUGAACUUCUGUGAUAAUUUUUACAAACAAAUUCUCCUCAAUAAACACAUUAUCCGAAAAAGUAAUAAAUGUGAUAGACUAUCUUUUCUCAAAUUAUUACGAUAGGCCCAAUGUAUGGUCUAUUAAAGCCUUGAUUUUUAAAACUCUGAUUAUUUUGUUAAAUCUUUAGCUAUAUAAAUCGAACUUGUUUCAGCAGAGUUGGGUCAAUUGGUUUCUUCCCAGAGCAUUGUUGUUGUUGUUUUAUUUCAUGAAAAUAUAUAUAUUUUAAACUACUUUGGUUUAAACACAAUGUUAUUCAUAUAUCAUUAUAUUUUGUGAUUGCAAUGGAUGUACUAUUAAAAACAGAAUGUUUCCAUAAAUGGGUUGACCACGCA